AUGCUGGGACUGUCAGCUCUUUUUCCACCUGCGCCCAAAUGGAACAUUGAUCAGGUUCCUGACUUGACCGGUCGAAUCGCCAUUGUGACUGGUGGCAACUCGGGCAUUGGAUAUGAGACUGUUCGCGUAUUGUUGAGCAAGAACGCCAAAGUAUACAUGGCUGCCCGUAGUGAGGAACGCGCUCAACAUGCUAUCACUGAUCUCGCCAAACUUCAACUACCUGGUCAAGUAGAAUGGAUGCUUCUUGAUCUGGCCAGUCUAGAAAGCAUUAAAAAGUUUGCUGGGGAAUACCUUACCAAGGUUCAGCGGGUCGAUAUGCUCUUCAACUCGGCUGGUGUCAUGAACCCAGUCGUUGGACCGACAACGAAGGAUGGCUACGAGUUGCACGUUGGAACCAAUAGCCUGGGUCAUCAUUAUCUUACUCUACUUCUGCUGCCUGCAUUGCGUGCAUCAGCACAGGCCACCCCGGAUCAGCCGCCUCGUGUCUGUUUUACCUCGAGCAUUGCACAUCGUAAUUCAUCGCCGAAAGGCUUCGAUCCGACUGAUGUGACUGGUAUCCACACAUCGUGCUACGUACCGGCUCACACCCGUGCAUACGGUCAGAGUAAGCUGUAUAACAUUCUGAGUGCCAAUUGGUUCCACCGCCACUACGGUAAAGAGAACAUUGUUUUUACAUCGUGCCAUCCCGGCAUCCUUGAAUCAGAGCUGGUUCGCGACUGGGACAAGGGACUCAACGCUAUCGCGAUACCAUUGCUCAAGUCGACCAUUUUCUACCCAGCUCACAUGGGUGCCAUCACACAGCUCUAUCUGAACACGGCGCCUGAAGCUGCCGGCGAAGGCGGCAGUUACUACGUGGCAUGGGCUCGUAAGUACAAGUCCAUUCCUAUUUCUAGAAAUGAGCGUGUACAGGAUGCAUUUGCUGCUUGGGUCAACGAACAAGUCGCCCAGCAUGCGAGCUAA